UACAGUAGAUAGACUAGAAACAGCCUCCUUGGCUAAAACUAUUUCAAGAAAUACAGGAGGUCCUCUUACGAUUUCCAUUGGGACUCCUGAUUCUAUAAGGACCAAGACCCACUUCAACUUCGAUGCUCCAGAACUCAAUAAGCAAAAUAGGGUUGAUAAUGAAAACCAAGUGCCUAUCAAUCUUCCCAUAAACCUUCAAGCAAAAGAAUCCAGGAACAAGUUUACCAUCUUGAAAUAAAAAGAAAACAAGAGCUAAUCCACAACUUCCAAAGAAGAAAAAUUCAAAGGCUACAAGGAACUCAAUUGCCUAUUUCCCAAGUUCAAAUGGAAAGAGCAAGAAUCUGAAUCUUCCUCAAAAUAGGGUCACUCAAACAAUCAGUAAAGAAUUCUAUGCAGAGAUCAAGGAAGAAGAAAUCGAGCAGAGCGCCUCCUCAGUUGUCAAUUACAACAAUGAAGGUAUGCAGAAGUCAAAGGAGGAGACUAAAAAGCAAGCGUUCCGAAAUAAAUCUAAAAAUUAUGCUGGCUCUUUUAAAAUAAAAGGAAUUAGACAGAUUAAAGAUAUUAAAGAUACCAGGAAAAAUUUACAUAAAGUCAGCUCAACCAAAACAGAUUUCUUAUCACCUCAAGACCCUCGUCUUAGAGCUAUAAACAGAAUACAGAAUAAUGAAAGCGAUCAUUCUAUCGAUGAGUCUGCAAUAGGAGAUUUCUCAGAAGUUUCUGUUCUUUAUCACUAUGAUAAGACAAAGGAAGAGGAUAAAGAAUCAAAGAAUAAUAAUCCAGAACGGAAAAAGAACUGGCAAUCUAAAUACAACUUCAGUCUUGAUCCAAAGUACCAUGACAAAGACUUACUCCAAAACGACACAGUAGUUGAUAAAACUACAGACAAGCUAGGUUCAAUUAAAAGAGUUUACAAAAGUGGUCGCCAAGAGACAAUCUUCCCUCGUUUAAAGAAGAUGUGGGUGUACCCGGAUGGUUACAGUUGAAUCUUUUACUCUAAUGGGAACAUCACUCAGCUCUUCCCUAACCAAGACUGCAUACAAUCAAACUACUCCAUCAAGGAUAAAUGGCACAAGAUGAUUUUCCGUACCGGACUCAUGACCUUCAAAACCGAGGACACUCUCGUAAAAUUCUACCCAGACGGGAACCAAGUAAUCGCACACAUAGACGGCACCAUAAAGAUCAUCGACAACAACUCAAUACUUAAAAUAAUCCAUCCUGACAAGUCAAUCCAAAAGAUCCCUUACCCAGUCCCCAAAAUGCCCAUUCAAGCCUAUGAAAAAGGGAUUCCUCCCAUAAUUAAAGUUUCAAAGUAACUUAACUAUUUUUCUACGCAC